GAAGACCGUAGGCUGAACACGACAGCCUGUCCCACAUAGAGUAUACUGCCACAGCCCCAAAGCACCUGCUCCAGGCCUUGAGCUGCUCAAAGCUUCCAGCGACCCGACCCGUAGAAGCCUACAUCCUGGCAGCCAGAGAGACUUGAACCCCAGUCGAUAAGGCGCUGGCUAAGAAAUGAGCUAGACUUCACACUGAGCAGCUGCAGCCGAAGAAACCAGAGAAAGCGCUACCCAGCCCCAGAUUCCAAGAGGCCUGCCUGCUGGGGACUCCCUUCUCUUCUUCCUCUUCCUCCUCCUCUUCCUCCUCCUCCUGAGACCCUCAAAGUCACUGUCUCACACCAGUUCCUGAGCUGCAAUGGGACUGGCAGUCACCGCCCCCUGGCUGUCCUCCGCCCUGCCAAGCAGAUAGGGCGGUAGCUACCCCAGGAGUAUCUGCCCCCUCUCAGCCUGGGCCAGCCCUUCCUGGACUUGGUGGCCACCUUUGCUGACCUAAGGCCAUGUAGUCCCUGGCUCAGGCCUCUGGACACACUGCUGGGGACAGUGCCUCUGCUCUCAGGGGGCACCCAGUGCACCACCAUGCCCUGGGGACUCGCCUGGUUAUACUGUCUUGGAAUCCUACUUGAUGUGGCUUUGGGAAACGAGAAUUUGGAGAUAUGGAAUCUGACCCAAGAUAAGGAGUGCGACCUUACAGGCUACCUUCGGGGCAAGCUGCAGUACAAGAACCGGCUUCAGUACAUGAAACAUUACUUCCCCAUCAACUACAGGAUUGCUGUGCCUUAUGAGGGGGUACUCAGAGUGGCCAACAUCACAAGGCUGCAGAAGGCUCACGUGAGUGAGCGAGAGCUUCGGUACCUGUGGGUAUUGGUGAGUCUCAAUGCCACCGAGUCUGUGAUGGAGGUGCUUCUCGAGGGCCACCCGUCCUGGAAGUAUCUGCAGGAGGUUCAGACAUUGCUGGAGAACGUACAGCGGAGCCUCAUGGAUGUGGAGAUUGGCCCUCACGUGGAAGCUGUGUUAUCUCUCCUGAGUACUCCAGGCCUAAGCCUGAAGCUGGUUCGGCCCAAAGCCUUGCUGGACAACUGCUUCCGGGUCAUGGAGCUGCUGUACUGCUCUUGCUGUAAACAAAGCCCCAUCUUAAAAUGGCAGGACUGCGAGCUGCCGAGGCUCCAUCCCCACAGUCCAGGGUCCUUGAUGCAAUGUAAAGCUACAAAUGUGUACCCUUUGCCUCGGCAGACCCCCACCUCGCUGCCCAGGUCUCCAAGCUCGAGCCAUGGCCCGCUGCCCUGAGCAAUCUGUGUGUUGACCCUGGGUCGGGCCAUUGGAUGCGUUUCAGAAACUGGCUUGGAUCUGAGACUUUCCUGGACGGUGGGUAGGUCGCCCUUUAGGAAAGGCCUUCUCUUCCACACCCAGGCUUCCUGCCUUCAGUGAUCUCAUCACGGAGCCUCGGGGGGAGGGGUGUGGAGGGGAGGGCUGGUUGCUAUCCCUUACAGCCACCUCUGCCUGGUGGCCGGUCCGAAAUCUGCAAACACUGUUGCCCCACAGACGGGUGGCCAAGAACGACGGGGUGCCUCCUAGGAUCCCAGGACUUCCUGGGGCUUUUCAGUUGUGCUGACUGUGGGGUGCUGGGCCGAGGACCGACCAAAUGCCGUAUCUUGCCACGACGAUGCUCUUCCGGCUCCUUUUUCUAUUAAAUGGCCAUUUGUUUGUUUUGGCUUGCAUCUCUGAUGGCGAACCUGGAGGGUCUGAGUUCUGGAGAUGGAAGGGUGGGCUUGGCUCUGCCCUAGGGCUGGGGCUGUCUGGAGCCCACAGUGGGCGGUCUUACUCGGGGGCCCUUGAAUACUUGGCCCUUCCCGCCCUGUUUAGCGCGCGAUGUCUCAGCAGGCCCAAGUAAUGUCUGCUUGGGUGUCCAGGUGCCUCUUGACCAUAUUUGUUCGCUUCCUCUGGCUUUCCCCACAGUCCGCAUGGGAGCACAUCAAAGACCAACCUAGGUCCUUGCCCAAGUUGUCCCCCCCCCCCGCCCCUGAACGUAAAUCAAUGACACAUGGCUUGGAGUUCCAGGUCAGGGAUGAUGACAAAGGCCAGGGCACAGGGGUAGGAAGCAGAGGUGAGCGAAGCCAGGAGGGAGCCAGGGGUGUUAACUACAGUACCACUUUAUUAAUACUGGAAUCUUCA